AAGUAUUGAAUUUUAGUAACCUAUGCUUUCUAUUUGUUUGUACUUUCUAGGCAUGCAUUUUAUCAUUCUUAUAGUUUGUACGUUUUAUGUGUAUUUGGCUAUUUUUGUUAUAUCUUUAUCUCUGUUGCUGUCCUGUUGUAUAUACGUCCUGGGUUCUCUACACGUUCUUCUUAAGUUCAUUUAUUUUUAUGGUUAUCUUAUUCCUCUGACAACAUUGUUUGGUCAAAUUAUAUACCGGAAACUGGAAAAGAAAUUAUUUCUUUAACCCUUUUUGAGUCCUAGAAAAUAAAAGCACAGGCAUUAGUUGUUAAUAAACCUAUUUUAAAGAUAUAUAUAUUUUGUUUAAAUUUUUUUCUCUUUUAGAACUAUCCAACCUAUACAGAAGUAUUAAUAAGGUUUGAUUUGUUUGAAUCUUAUGCCAGAAAGAUGAAGCCCUGAACUUGGUUCACGACCUUGAUUUUCGUGUGCAACAUAAAUAUGUCCUUAUGUCUUCCCACCGUCAUAUCAUAUUGAUACAGUCUUAUAGUAUCUCAAAAUUAGUUUCGAUUUUUCUUAUUUAUUAUUAGGAUUUGUAUCCCUAUUUGGUUAGGACUUUGGGGCUUGAAUAAAGAAGCAGAUAAUAUUCACCACUUUUUAGUGGUGCACUGGUGAGUAAAGUAUCACGAGCUUCACUGCGGCUAUCCAAUGACCUUCAUCGUAUCUCCUAUUCCGUGAUUAGAAAGCCAUCCUGUCAUCUUUUGUGCUUCAUGUGAAAUAUCAAUCAAUUUUGAAGCCAUUGAUAUUUGCGUUGUUAUAUUUAUUGGUGGUUACAGUAACAUUUUUCUUCGGAAACUUCUGUGCUAAGCAUCUGUGUAAUAUGGAUCCAGAAGAGAGCAAGAUGGGCAUUGAGCAAAACAUCGAUCAAGAAGAGUGCAGAGUGGGCCCUGAGCAUAAUAUCGAUCAAGAAGAUAGUAAGACGGGCAUUGAGCAUAACAUGGACCAAGAAGAGAGCAGAAUGGACACUGAGCAUAAUAUGGAUCAAGAAGAGAGCAAGACGGGCACUGAGCAUAGCAACGACCAAGAAGAGAGCAAGACCGGCACUGAGCGUAACAAGAAACAAGAAGAGAGCAGGACGGGCACUGAGCAUAACAAGGACCAAGAAGAGAGCAGGAUGGGCACUGAGGAUAACGAAGACCAAGAAGAGAGCAGGACGGGCACUGAGCAUAACAAGGAACAAGAAGAGAGCAGGAUGGGCACCGAGCAUAAUACGGAUCAAGAAGGGAGCAAGAUGGGCACUGAGAAUCUUCCCGAGUUUUCUUCUAAUCCUAAUCCUCAGUCCUCAGAAAAAGAUGAUGGCAAAAAGGAUACUGAUCCUGCUGAAGGAUCUCGUAAACCAGAGUUGAGUGAGAAGAUUACUCCACGAUCAUUAAAGGCCAAAAAAAUUGUUAAGAAAUCUCUGGUUGGCAUUGCUAAAUUAAAGGCCAAGAAGCAAAAUAGUUCCUCUCUGAUUCUGAGGAAUAAAAUAUUUAGGAAGAACGAAAAAGUAGUGGACAAUGCUGAAAGCUCUCACAAUGCAGACGAGAAACCAAUUUCAGACAUUACCCAGCAGAAUAAAACAAAGGAUGAACAAACUAAGGAGGAAAAUAAGGAGGCUCAAAACAAUGUAGCGAAGGAAAGUCAGAAUAGGAGCAGUAAUGAAAAAAAUCCUAUGGAGGAGAGCCAUCAGGAUAAAAAAGAUUCGGAGAUCAAUCUGUUGGAUAAGACUGAACAAGAACAGAAGAAUAAAGAGAAGCUCAAAGAGUCAAAGAAGGGUUCUAGGAGGAGAAGAAACAAAAACAAGCAAAAUGGCAAGGAAAAGAGUCUAUCAAAUGACAAAAAGAGUGAAAGGCUUGGUGGUCUCAUCUUUAUGUGCAGUGCUAAGACAAAGCCUGAUUGUUUCCGCUAUCGUGUCAUGGGUGUUUCAGCUGCUAAAAAGGAUGAUGUUUUACAAAUCAAGCCUGGACUUAAGCUCUUUCUUUAUGAUUUUGAUCUGAAACUACUAUAUGGGAUUUACAAGGCUUCAUCUUCUGGUGGCAUGAAGCUUGAACCAAAAGCUUUUGGUGGAAAGUUUCCUGCCCAGGUGCGAUUCAAUAUUGUUUCUGAUUCUUUCCCGCUACCGGAAAGCAUUUUCAAAAAGGCUAUCAAGGAUAAUUAUAACGAAAAGCAAAAGUUCAAACCAGAACUUACUGUUGCACAAGUGAGGAAGCUCGCUAGACUUUUUCGACCAGUUGGGGCUCAUUCAGUUAUGCAGCCUGUUUAUGCUCCUCCAAAAGCAAUAAUUCGAGAAAGGGAAGUUCCGGGUCGGGUUAGGGGAUCACAACACCAUUCACACAGGGAAAGAGCUGCUGGACAUCGGUCUGAUCGUCGAGAGGAUAUUCCUCGUGAUUCAUUUCCUAUGGAGAAUUAUCGAGCUUAUGACCGAAGGAAUUUGGCAAGUACUUCUCAUGUUAAUCCCUUAGUGGAACCUUAUGAGAGAGAUUAUGAGCACCGUCUCCCAGAACCUCGCUACCGGAGCAAUGUUCCUGCUCAUGUUGAAAGUCUUCGCAGGGAUCCUAUUUAUUUGAAUGAACGUGAACAGCAGAGCUAUACUCGUGUUGUUUCUGACCAUAUAAAUGAUCCUUAUGCCUAUCGAUACGGUGCUCCACCUAGGGAUGCAUAUCUGCCUCCUUUACGUAGAGAGGCUCCUAUAAUUAGAGAGGACAUCUCGUAUUUGGUUGGAGGAAGACCUUUCUCCGGGACUGAUAACUUGCGAAGGAGAGAGAUCGUUGAAGAUAGGCAUUACUCAAUAUAUUCUGCUGCGGAUGCUUUGCCUGAUUACCGUCCAAUGCAGCCAUAUCGUGGAGACAAGUUGGAAGCCUCACCUUUACGAGUUUCAGCUCGUUACUCUUUUGCCGGCCCUUCGUUUUCUCGUCGCUAACUUAAAAAUGCAAUUUGAAUCCCUUGCCACUCCUUCCUUUUGAUGAUUGACAGAGAUAUUUUAAAUUUGUAUUAAUCCUAAAUGCUUAGGCACCUCUGGAUUCGGGAAAAAAAAUCUCCAUCUGAGUUUCAAAUGUUGUUUAAUUUAUUUAUGAGUCACCACUGCAAUUUAUAACCCAGACUAUGGAACGUUUGGUGAAUGGUAACGAUUAUGUUUAUCAAGUAACUCAUGAGAUUGGUCCCUUGGUUCA